GUACUAUGGCAGUGCAUGGAGAGAAGCAUCCUCUAUUCUCACAACUCCAUGAUAUGUUGAUAUGUGCAGUAGCUCCUUCCUUUCAACUGUCCUUGCGUGAUGUGUGGCCUCCAUUCGGAAGAAUUCUCCUCUUGUUAUGUUCAUACCAGCAAUCGCAAUCUGCAAAUUCAACCUGCAGCGCAGUCGGUCUUGCUCUCCGGCUCCACAUGUGUACAUAUUCAUCUAUCUUAUUACAAUCCUCGCCGGGAAGGCGUAGCGCCAUUAUAUUUUCUCGUUAGCUCUUUCUAUUCAAUAUUGUCACCAAUGUGCAUUCAUCCUCAUUUUAUCACCAUCCUGUCCUAUUCCUACCUCAUCCAUACCUCCAUCUCCUUCCCCAUUCUCAUCCUCAUCUCUGCAAAAAAAAGUGAGCACUCAUAUAUUAGUGUUACGACUUUCUGGCAAGGACUCUGUAGGUUGUGCAAUUCAUGGAGCACGUGACAAGGCAAGGAUGGCCUGAUUUUCAGGCCGAGUGUUCAUUGGCCAACGGCUAUUCCUGAAGCCUUGGGGACAGGAUGCUUUCAACGUGCCAGGGCAUGGCAGAUCAAGG